AUGAAUACGUUUCCCGACGAUAGAAUUCUUGCAAGGGGUCCACCAAAUGCUUUUGGUAGCGACGAUUCAAGCCUUGCCGAUUAUUCUGCUAAUAAUCCACCAGCUCCAUUGUGCGCUAGUACUCCAGUUGAACAUUCGCUUUCGCUUACGGAUCUACAUGAUACCGCUGUCCAAAUUGAAUGCGAAGAUAUGGCUGUAAGUACGGGAGAGGAAAAAGAAACGGAUGUGCAAACUGCAGUAGCAAUUCGUCUAAGUGAUAUGGAAAGUUAUCAGGGCGAUCUGAUAUUAUUAAAUACCAACUUCGUUACAACACGAAAUGUUAAUCCCCUUCCAUCAGAAAUAGAAUCAAUCGAAGAAAUUCCACUCGAACCUACCACUGAACCUGCAAUAUCACGCAUAAUAAUUGAUGUGUCUCCACCGACACAUCAUUAUUGGCUUCGUGAACGAGGAUCACGAAGAAUGGACGAAUCUGGAGAUGAUGAAGCGGAAGAAACACCUCGUCCCAAAAAACGUGGUAAGAAGAAGCACAACAAGAAACACAACAAGAAAAGUGCGAAAAAAUCACCACCGGCAAAAACGGGACGAGUUAAGAAGGAGAAAAAGGAAUCGGGAAACAAAUCUACUAAACAUGAUAAUAAUGAUAACAACAAUGGGAAAAAGAAGCGCGCUAAAAAAUAG